AUGCCGCAAGACUUCCACUUUGUCGAGCUGGGGCCGCCGCAGUCUCCGGAGCGCACCCAAGACUUUGCGCACAAGCGCUACUGGGCUCGGCAACGCCGUGCGUUUCGGUCACUGGGCAACGGGCAUGCGGUGGACACAGAUUCGGAUGUGGAAGAUGUUGUGGACUCUUGCUCGCCACUCUGGCGGUGGACUCUUGCAGAAAGGUCGAGACUUUGCUCGCCACAUGUAAUGCAGACUAGCGCUUCGUCUCCACCUGCAGAUGGGCAAGCCACUGAGCAGAGUUGCAAUGAGCUUGCCGAGCUGGAAGCAGGGACAGGCCCUCUCUCGUAG